AUGACCCACAGCCUGAGGAGCAGCAGUAGAGCUUACAGCAGCUGGACUGGGAACAGCAGGGCUUACAGCAGCUGGACUGGGAACAGCAGGGCUUACAGCAGCUGGACUGGGAACAGCAGGGCUUGCAGCAGCUGGACUGACAGCAGGAUGACCCACAGCCUGAGGAGCAGCAGUAGGGCUUACAGCAGCUGGACUGGGAGCAGCCACAAGAGCCACAGCCCCCCUUGGAGCCCCCACAGGAGCCACAGCCUCCCUUGCAGCUGCCACAGGAGCCACAGCCCCCUUUGGAGCCCCCACAGGAGCCGCAGCUGGAGCAGGAACAGGCUGGCACACAGCAGCACACAGGCCUGCAGCAGCAGACGGGCACACAGCAGCUGGAGCCACAGCCCCCACAGCCAGAGUUGCAGCCUCCACAGCUGGAGCCACACCCCUCACAGCUGGAGCCACAGCCUCCGGAGCAGCCACAGCAGCCCAUGUUUCUGGUGGGUUGAGGGUGGAGCUGGUAGAGGAGCAGGUGAGAGGGAGGUGCAGGUGUGGAGCCCCUGGAGCCUGGACCCCUUAUAUCCCCGGGUAGAGCUGCUCUGAGACCUCGGUCGCUCCACCAUCCCCAGCACGUCCCGCUCAUGUGAUGAUUUGUUUGCUGGACUUCGGGUUCUCGUGGACCUGCCAUCGUGCCGAACGUCCACCUUCUUCCGUUUCUAAAUGUACCCACUUCCUCAUUGGCACUGGACCUGUGCUGAACCUGGUCACCUGCCCCCCGUUUUCCUCACGUGGCCGGGGGGAUGGGUUUCUACAAAGAUCAUUUUGGCUGCUUUCUUCUCAUUUUUUUCUCCCCAUCUAUGGCAUUAUAUUUUUCUUUGAAACUGUGAUUUCUGUGUAAAGCAAAUUUUUAAAAAACGAUGCUUUCAUCCGUGUAAUUGAAGAGGCUAAUGGAAGAAAAACGUGUUGCAGCCGGGCUCGGUCUUACACCCGGGUGCAGCGGCUUCAGGUCAUUGGGUGCUAUCGCAAUCCCAGCUCCACGUGGGGAGUAUCAUUUAUUUUAAAAAUCCUCAUGAGGCUAGAGGCGGCGGCUCACGUCUGUAAAUCCCAGCACUUUGGGAGGCCAAGGCCGGCGGGUCACCUGAGGUUGGGAGUUGGAGGCCAGCCUGACCAACGUGGUGAAACGGUGUCUCUUCUAAAAAUACAAAAAUUAGCCAGGCGUGGCAGCAGGUGCCUGUAAUCCCAGCUACUCAAGAAGCUGAGGCAGGAGAAUUGUUUGAAUCCAGGAGGCGGAGGUUGCGGUGAGCUGAGAUCGCGCCACUGCACUCCAGACUGGGUGACAGAGACAGACUCGUCUCAAAAACACAAUCCUCUUGAAUUUCAUGGUGGAUGGGGGAUCUCGAUUAUCGUUCUGUUGUUAAUCUCUUCGUGAGGGUGAUUCUUUUACUCCAACAUGAAUUACAUUUCUCUUUGACUUCUCGUUAUUGAGAGAACAAAUCCCUUGUGUUCAGUCUGCUUUGUCUUCCACAGGUUUGUCCUGGAGUUUAACUUCUGACGUUUUUAAAGCGACUCUCACUUUGCCUCAGUCGUUGCUGCCUCGCCAACAUUAUUAGAUGGUAUAAAAAAAUGAA